GCUCUUCUAGUUUCCUUUCUUCUAAACAGUCCACAACUAGAGAGCUUCCAAACUAAGAAAAAUGGCAAGCCCAUUGUCAACUGUCAUAAAGCCCCCAUCUCUCCUACAACCUCAACAAUCAAAACUCUCUCAUUUACUCUCAAAUUUCCCAAAACCACCACAAACCCUUUCUUUCAAUUCUACAAACGCAAACCCUAGGCUUUCCAGAAUGGUAAUCCCAUCAGUCAGAGCUCAAUCAACGAGCACUGAUCUGGGUCUCUUACAAAAGGCAGUACAAUUUGCCCAAUCUUCGCCACCCACUUGGCAAUCCGCUCUUCUCAGCAACCUUGUGAUUUUCGUUGUGGGUUCUCCGAUUCUGGUCGCUGGGUUGUCUCUCUCCGGCAUUGGAGCGGCUUUCUUGCUUGGUACUCUUACUUGGCGGGCCUUUGGGCCAUCUGGGUUUCUUCUUGUGGCCGCAUAUUUCGUUAUCGGCACCGCAGCAACAAAGUUGAAAAUGGCUCAAAAGGAGGCUCAAGGUGUUGCUGAGAAAAAGAAAGGAAGGAGAGGACCGAGAAGUGUGAUUGGUUCCAGUGCAGCUGGGUGUGUUUGUGCUUUUCUUUCCAUUUAUGGAAUUGGAGGUGAGGCAUUUUUGCGGCUCUGGCAACUUGCAUUUGUUGCCAGUUUCUGUACAAAGUUAAGUGACACCAUUUCGAGUGAGAUAGGGAAGGCAUAUGGAAGAACGACGUACCUAGUCACAACAUUUAAGGUGGUUCCAAGGGGAACAGAAGGGGCUGUGAGUGUUGAGGGAACCUUUGCUGGACUUUUAGCUUCAAUUCUUCUUGCUUUUGUUGGUUGUCUAAUUGGUGAGAUAAACAUAUCUGAAGCCGUUGUAUGCAUAGUAGCCUCCCAAAUCGCCAAUCUUGGCGAGAGUGUGAUAGGUGCUGUACUCCAAGACAAGGAAGGUUUCCAAUGGCUCAACAAUGAUGUUGUCAAUGUCAUCAACAUAUCCAUGGGCAGCAUUUUGGCAAUCUUAAUGCAGCGAAUGGUACUUCAAAACAGAUAUACAUAAUUCAAAGAUCAGGGAGCUAUUCACAGGAGCACGGGCAUGGAUCCCACUUGUCGUUGCAGCACAACCUUCAUAUGUCUACGUGAGGCAAUUAUGAAACCAAAGAGGGUCUGAAAUUUCUUUAAUGGGGAAGUACAGAGUUUCCUUCCCCCCACCCAAAACUAUAGCACAAUCAAAUGCUACAAUUUCUCUCUUUCUAAGAGCCCCCAUCUUUCCUUGCAUGGUGGACAUUGAAAAUUCAAUCAUUGUCAUUGCAGGUUCUAAGACAUAACUUUUUUGGCUACUGUAUAUCUGAAUAUUAGUGGAGAAAUUUAUCAGCUUACUCGGUGCAUUUUGGGAAAUAAAUGAUUUGCGUUUAUCGGUUUCCUCAG